AUGGCUGAAAAUGAGAAUCAUGAUCGGGAAGUAGUGAAUCAGAAUAGGACACUUAGAGAUUAUUUACAACCUGUCAGAACUAGCACACCUUCAUGUAUAAUCCAACCUUUGAAUGCAAAUGCCUUUAACUUCAAACCUGGAAUGAUUCCAUUAAUUCCACAUUUUCAUGGCAUGGAUUCCGAGAAUCCUUACCUUCAUAUCAAAGAGUUUGAAGAGAUUUGUUCUACAUUCAUGGACCGGACUUGCACUGAGGAGGUUAUUAGACUAAAGUUGUUUCCAUUUUCUUUGAAAGAUAAGGCUAAAACAUGGCUAAAUUCAUUGAGACCUAGAACCAUAGGCACAUGGCAAGAAAUGCAAACUGAAUUUUUGAAGAAAUUCUUUCCAAUACAUAGGACAAAUGCACUUAAAAGACAAAUCAUGAACUUUACCCAAAAAGAUUCUGAAACUUUUUAUCAAAGUUGGGAAAGAUUCAAAGAUCUUUUAAAUGCUUGUCCUCAUCAUGGUUAUGAAAAUUGGCGUUUGAUAAGUUUUUUUUAUGAAAGUUUGACACCUAAAAUGCGCCAAUUUGUACAAACCAUGUGUAAUGGAGAAUUUUUUGACAAAGAGCCUGAGGAAGCAUUUGAAUAUUUUGAUUACCUUGCUGAAAAUGCUCAAUCUUGGGACACAACUGAUGUGCAUGAUAGGUCUAGGCAAGUUGAGUCUGGUCAUGGAAAAUAUACUUUGAAAGAAGAUGAUGAUUUGCGUGCUAAAUUAACUUUGUUGUCUAGAAAAAUGGAAGCUAUGGAAUUAAAAAAGGUAAAUGAAGUGCAUGCUGUCCAUAAAAAUUCAGAGAAGUGUAGCAUAUGUGAGGAUCAUGGGCAUUCAACUAAUGAGUGUCCCACGAUCCCCGCAUUCAAAGAGGAUGGAGAAACCACCCAAAUUUUGGGUGGAGGAAUGACCAGCAAGUAGCUCCAGCAGCCUUGGCUCCGGGACCCUCUCAACUCGCAAUUCAAGCACCUCCAAUGCAAAAGAAGGGAUUUGAAGAGACAGUACAUCAAUUGUCAAACACCUUGCAGCAGUUUAUGCAAGGUCAAGCAACAAUCAACAAUCAAAACUCUCAAGCGAUAAAUGACAUUCGGAGCACACUUACAAAAAUGACUACGGCAUGGAGCUCUCAAGA